UUUUCAGAAACUCCCGCCAACAGGGUGAAAUAUUAGCAUAAUCCGGAAAUCGUGCGGAAAUUGUCAUUCUGAGAGAGCUACAGUGAGGUGGUUCGAUUCAUCUAGCCCGGGCGCCCGUGUAAGCAUGUUUUGCUUUGGCUGAAAGUUGGUUACAUUCGACUUGGAACCGGGCUGCCUCCCUGGCGUGAGCCAGCUGCUCUAUCUAAAUCUGCUCAAAACAAUAGUGACGUAAUUAAGCAAGUGCAGUAAUGAGUAGGAUUCUUUCUUUUCCCAUGAAAGUGAUUGGUUUUCUGCCGUUCAAGUGAAAACUAAUUUGACAUUGCUAACAUUUAUUCGAUGGAAAUAUAUAGUAUGUAAUAGUAUAUAUAGUAUGUUUCCGGACGAUGCAACAUGAUGCCUUGUUAACAACAUGACCGACCGCACAGAUUACUGUUCAUUUUGAGAUGGGUGUUCCUCCCUCCCCGCUUUCGCCAGAUGACGUGCCGGCCCAUUGCCCGGUUCCAUCUGGGCCCGUGUAAAAUAACUCCCUCGGUGUAUCGGGUUUGAGAAUAACAUAACGUCCAGUGCGCUCCAAUGUUUUUUUGCUUAUUGUAUCUAAUUUAUUGUAUAUUUUGGUGAACAGAGCAUUUUGAUACAUUUUCUCAAGUCCUUCUGGACGUCCCUGUUUAGAUUUAUCUGGCGCUCUACAUUUUGCCCUGGAACAGGAACUUGUAUUCACACUUUUUUCACCUUCUAUUUUCCGAGAAUGGCGGCAAAUGAGGGCGAUGAGGCUACUGUUUCUUUGGUAGAUGUUUUGGAAGAAGAUGAAGAGUUGGAGAAUGAGGCAUCUGCUGUUUUAGCUGGUAGUGAUUCCGAGAAGUGUUCCUAUCCCGAGGGCUAUGUGAAGCGACAAGCCCUCUAUGCCUGCAGCACCUGCACACCAAAGGGGGGCCAGCCAGCCGGAGUCUGCCUGGCCUGCUCCUACAAAUGCCAUGAAGGCCAUGACCUUUUUGAGCUCUACACCAAAAGGAAUUUCCGCUGUGACUGUGGAAACGGCAAGUUUGAAGAGAUGAGGUGCAAGUUAUACUCAGACAAGGAUCAGUUGAACACGGAGAACAAAUACAGCCACAAUUUUGUUGGUCUGUAUUGCACCUGUAACAGGCCAUAUCCAGACCCAGAAGACCCGGUUGAAGAUGAGAUGAUACAGUGCAUUGUCUGUGAGGACUGGCUUCAUGGCAGGCACUUGGGUUGCCCUGUGCCAGAGUGUGUGGAGCUCCAGGAGAUGGUGUGUGAGUCCUGCAUGAACAAUGCUCCUUUCCUGUGGGCCUACGCCACCCAUCUGGCAGUGCCCGCUGCGACCAAAGCCAGCCCCUGCAAAGCAGAAGGGGAGGUGACGAAUGAAGAGGGGGACCGUGAGGAGGGCAAGAACACAACAGAGGCCUCCACGAGCCUCAAUAACCAGGGUGAAGAGAAGGUCAAAUCCAAUGGGGUGCCAGGCUGCAAAAGGAGGCACCAGGAGAUGGAGGGAGGCUCGCCCUCCAAAGCCCCCUCCGAGUGCAGGCUCAUGGAGCUGGGGGGCACAGGUACAGAGAGAGCAGAGUUUGGAGCUGUAUUCUGGCCAUCAGCCUGGAGAACCAAACUUUGUUCCUGUGUCAGCUGCAAGCAGAAAUCCUACGCUGAUGCUGGUAUGUCCUUUCUCCUGGAUGAGUCGGACACGGUCUUAGCCUACGAGAAUAAAGGAAAGACCACAGAACAGGAGCAGGCGGGGACCGCCGAGGGUCGCGACCCCCUGAUGUCGGCCCUUAAUACCCUGGGCCGGGUUCAGCAGCUGGAGAUAAUCCACGGGUACAAUGACAUGAAGACUGAGCUGAAGGAUUUCCUGCAGAGAUUUGCUGCAGAAGGAAAGGUAGUGACUCCCGAAGACAUCCGUCAGUUCUUCCAACAGCAGCAGAACCGCAAGAGACGACGGGCCAACGCAGGCCAGUACUACUGCAGCUGAGCAGUCUCCAUUCAGACAACUCCCGGUCUCCCCCUCCACAUUUCCCCAACACCUGUCAGUAUAGUUGUAUUCCUUUUUCUUCUUCCCACUGAAUGUCAUUGCCUUGCGUCCAAUAUCAUCUUCUAGUACAACUCCUCAGAUGUUAUGUUUAAACAAAUAAAAAUGUAGGAAAAAAAAACAAACAUGGAACAUUGUAUGAGCUUUUGUGUUAUCUUGUUCUGGGCAGUAUGCUUUGUUGUACUGUACUCGGGACGCUGCAAUGUGAUUUGUCUAUUGAGGCUAAGCAGGUUGAUGAACUGGCAUUUGGUUGAUACUUUGGUUAUCUUUUUCUAGAGGGAAUUAUUAGUCUAUCAUUGCUCUCCCUCAAACACUUUUUGUUUAAACUGGAGAGAAAGCCUAAGUUCAGUUUGCCUGACAGCAAGUGUUCCAGACAACAGACAGAGCAGUGACCCCUUGACCUUUUAUUUACCUUUUUAUUUGAAUAAACAUCAAUGGAUUUGCUCUUAAAACUCAUUAGAACAAUGCAUUAUCAAAACUGGUUAAGCUGGUCAUCGUUCCCAUAACACGCUUUCUCUCAACUCAUUCCUUUGACAAUUUAUAAUUUUGUAUUUGUCCUUAGUUGCAAUUUCCUUAGUGCCGUUACAGCUGUUUGUAGAUCGCAUGAUUGCAGAACCCUGGCCCAUUAGUACGGUUGGUAUUUUAAAGGACCACGUUAAAUGUUACCAUUGGUUUCCCUGUUCCUUUUUAAUGUUCACUCUAAGAAAUAAAGCUAUGAAUAAUGUAAAUUGUUUUAGCGUUAUUGUUACUUACAGCAGUUACACCUGGGAACCAUCAACCCAUUAAUUAGAGAAUAUAAUGGAAGUUUAAAUAUUUUUUGCUAUCUUUAAUACCCACAUGCUGAUUUGACAUCUGGCAAACCAUUAAUAAGGGGAUAUUUUAAUCAAACCAGAAAUUGAGUUUAGCCAAUCGCUCAGAUGGUAAUAAAUCUCUUCCUUGUGAAUGUGUUGCUAACAUUAGCGUAUGCAGUAGUUGGAUACGUUUGCUGACUGAAUAAACUUUUUUUUUUAAAUGA